CAUUUCUCUGUGAAAGCCACAUCUUCAAAAGUUCGUGCUUGUGCCACCGGAACAUCAACUGAUCAACUGUCUCCCCUCUCAGGUUCCAUUUCACUUUUCAACGCCGGAAGAAAACGGGCCUGUCCGGAAUCCGGAUCGAUUUGUAGAACAUCAGAACAGAAUUCCCGGUUCAGCUUUUUUGUUCUUCGACUCCACCUUCUGAGGAUUGACUGAACCGAGAGAGAGAAGAAACGAUGAUUGGAGUAGGAAAGAUCAAGCAAUAUAGUAACGUCCUCGAUAAACCCCUCAGCAAGGGCAAACAAGAGGUCAGUUUGAGUGCAUUCGCAUUCUUGUUUUCGGAGCUUGUGCAGUACAAUCAGACUCAGGUUGACAACAUUGCUGAGUUAGAGAGAAGGUUAGAGGAUGCAGGCUAUGCUGUUGGAGCAAGAGUUCUAGAACUUCUGUGCCAUAGGGAUAAGGGAAAUAGGAGGGAAACACGACUUCUGGGGAUUUUGUCCUUUGUGCACAGUACAGUCUGGAAGGUGUUGUUUGGAAAGGUAGCUGAUUCACUUGAGAAAGGCACGGAACAUGAAGAUGAAUACAUGAUAAGUGAGAAGGAACUUCUUGUGAAUCGAUUUAUUUCAACACCCAAAGACAUGGGAACAUUUAAUUGUGGGGCAUUUGUUGCCGGAAUUGUAAGGGGUGUUUUGGAUAGUGCAGGUUUUCCAGCUGUAGUCACAGCUCAUUUUGUACCUAUGGAAGGCCACCAGCGACCUAGAACUACCAUUUUGAUCAAAUUCGCCGAAGAGGUACUUAGAAGAGAGGCAAGGGUGGGUUGAUGUUUGCACGAGCAUUUAGUAGGGUUAUGUUAACUGAUUAGUUGGAUAAAAUACUCUCAAUGCUGUCAACUUGGAAAGCAUAUUUGAAGGGCUUGAUUUCUCUUUUCCAUGGUUUAAUUAUUAUCGAGCGGUGAUAAACCCUGCAGAUUUAACUUAGAAUGUAUCUCAUUUAUGCCACGGCAGAUGGUUGGCCUCAGUUUUCUACUUUUCUGUAUUCCUUUUGGCGUUUGUAUUAAUGUAUGCGUAUUGUUUUACCAUGCACCGAUUUUAUUACCCGUUGGGAUGGGAUUUCAGUGUCUCUGGUUGUACGCCAUAUACUCAGUUCAUCUUGUUUUGAAGGAAUUGAACCAUGUAAAAAGGAGUCAAUGGAAAUUUUGAUGUUUUCUUA